CUUUGCUUUGAUUACUGUUGUGAUAUGAUUGCGUGUUUUGGUUGGUGGCGAGUUUUCUUUGGUUUGAUGUUAAUAAUUGUGUGUGUGGGGUAGUUGUGUGGAUUGCAUUGUUUCGCAUCUGCUUCCUGGUAUGUGAAUGAAAAACUUUAAUAUUUAACACAACAAUUUCCAUGGUUCAUAUCUUUGUGUUUUGACUGUACUGAUAUUCAAAAAUUUUCUUCUGUCGCCUUAUCCAUAGAGUUAAAGGAAAAGGAAAGGAGACACUCUGGUGAUGCUUUUAUUUGUGGAGUUCCAGAUGUGAAUUGUUUCUGCGGGUUUAUUGUAUAUGUGAUUGAUUGAGUGGAUUAAUUAAGACGUAUGUUGUUAUGUUCACCGGUUAUUUUUAUGACCAUUGAAAAUUUUGGAGGUAGCCAACAAAAUUUACAGAUGUUUAGAUUAUUGUUUCAUGGAGCCUUUUUCUCUGUUCUCUCUUCCUCCCUUUUCCACCCUUUUACCCCUUGUUUGGGUGAAGGGGCUUCAUUAUUCAUGCCACUUGACAAAAUCUUUACUAUCAACACAAUAACUGUGGAUGAUACCUCAGUAUGCUUGGAAUGGGGGCAUAUUUUUGUAAUGCUGAAUUUUCUUGUUGACUAUUUAUAAAAAUGAGUGCUCAUUCUUUAUUCGUGAGUAUUGGUUAGGUACUACAACCCCACUUAGGAUUCCUUCACUUACAUUGGUAUGUCUCCCAUAUGAGUAAAAGGUUUGCUUAUCUAGGGACUGGUAUAAUCUUGAAAAGUCGAAGAGAGUGAAGGCAUUUCGAUGUGGGGAAUAUGAUGAAUGCAUUGAAAAGGCUAAGGCAAAUGCAGCAAAUGGUAAUAAGAAAACUGUGAAAUAUGCUCGGAGGGAAGAUGCCAUUCUCCAUGCCCUUGAAAUUGAGAAUGCUCGCCUAGGGAAGGAUCGUGUUGACUACUUCUCUAGGACCAAUAAUUCAGAUGGUGAGCUUGGUAGUUCAGCCAAAGAAUUGCCUAGCAUGUCUGGUUCUGGCAAAGAAGAUGUGGGUAUGACAGAAGAAGAAAGUGAUUAUGGUGAUAGUAAAGAUGACUCAGAUUCAGGUUCAGGUUCGGGUUCAGCACCAGAAUUAUCUCAAUCUGGUAUAUCUUUUGAAGAGCCGAAUCAUCUUGGUGCUUCUAAGGUGCAAUCUUUGCAGGGAAAGAGAAGAAAAACCCCAAAUGAUUCAGAGGAUGAUGGAACAGAAGGAAUUAAGCGUAUGAGAGGACUUGAGGAUCUUGGAAUUGUUGUAGGAGAUACAAAUGCUGGGACUUGCUUGUCAAAUGGCAGUCCUAUAAAUGGUAGCAAAGGUUAUAACUCGCCCAUGAAAAGAAAGAGAUCACAAGUGGCAAAUGUUCAUGAAUUCUUGAGAAGAAAAAACCGUCGCCGACCUUUGACAAAGGUAUUAGAGUGUACAGCAAUGGUUUCUGUUCCGGUUAUGUGUGACCAACUUCCCAAUUCAAGUGGCUCACCUCUUAAUGGAUUAUCUGACAGCAAAGUUUCUGGAAUAGAUUCUAAUGAGUCUAGAAAAAGCAUUAGUGUUUUAGUUAAUAAUAACUCGGACAGUACUGGAAUUUCAUGCGAGAAUGGUGCAUCUUUAAAUCCUUCUGAACAUGCUUAUGACACUUCCCAGCUGAAAAAGGAGAAUGAUGUUCCUGUUGUAUCAGGGUUUGUUGAGAAUGAUUCUUCAGACAAGUUAUUUGAUGUGCCAUUUGUUGGGGAGGAAAAACACUCUGCAGGUUUGUCUCCUAUGUUUGUGUCUUCCUCAGGAAGGCAUCAAAUUGGUGGUGGAUUUGGGAAGCAUUGUGGUCAAAAUAACCAUGCAGAGGCUGGUCCUAUGAAAAAUGAGGGGCUCCAUGAAUCUGGUUCUACAAGUUCAGCAGCUACUCAUGGGACUAAUGUGAGUCAGAGGAUAGAGAAAGGUACUUCAAAGUGGCAGUUGAAAGGAAAGAGGAAUUCAAGACAUAUCAAUAAAAAUAGAAAACAAGACAAGAGGAAACAUAUGGCUAUGGAUGAAGAACCUUAUGCAUAUUUGGCUGGCAUAGAGCACUUGGAUGGAUUCUUUCCAAGUUCUGAACAGAAAGUGGAUUGUGAUGGAGGAACUAGAAGGUCCCUUGCUUCAUAUGAUUGCAACUUGCAGGUAAAGUCCAAACGGAUUGCUGAUGACCAUGUAGAUGGGGUUCGUGAUUGGAGCAAUCACCGGGAAUCUCAAGUGAGAGGGGGAAUGACCUCGUCUUUGCCACCUCAAAGGUCACUUCCCUAUCGACAAUCACGCUUUACAGUUAACUCCAGAUAUCAGACAUCAGAUUUUCCUGGCAGAACUAUAACUGAUUCUAAACUUUAUGAUGUUACGCUUGAGGUCAAAGCAAAUUACCAGCCACAGAAUGUUCCAUUGGUCUCCCUCAUGAGUAAACUGAAUGGUAAAGCUAUUAUUGGUCGCCCUUUAACGGUUGAAGUUCUGGAUGAUGGCUACUGUGAUCUUAUUAUCAGUCCUAAUGAAUGUGAUCCAACUCAUGUAUCUACUAUGGAAGCUGCUGAACUGGGGUAUGCAGCUAUGCGAAAUUCAGAAUCUGGAAGAAUUCCUGCUAAGCAUGUGACAAUGCAACCGCGUUUUUCACCAAGUAAAUCACCCAAGAAGAAAUGUGGGCUUUUGUCUAAAAAAAUUCGAAAACUAUCUUCAUUGACUGGUAAAAGAGAAGAAGAAAGGAAACCAGUGGUGGAGAAACUCAAGGGUCCUGUCAUAGCUUGUAUCCCGCUUAAAUUAGUGUUCAGUAGGAUAAAUGAGGCAGUGAAUGGUUCAGCACGACAAACACACCGUGCCUUAACGUAGCAACUCAUGAAUUCGGUUCUUGGAAAAACAUACAGAAAGUGGACUUCUACCUGCAAAUUUGGGUCUAUUGGUGUCUUGGAUAUGUUAUUUUACGUAGGGAGCUCUGCUUGCUCAAACCAUGCUUGGUGAGUUGCAACAGGUUGUGUGUGGCGAAGGUAGAAUCCGUCUGUAUAAUUCCAUGGCCAAAUUCAUUGUUGUAGAAAAGGAAGUGUAGGAGUAAGAUGGAUGGAGGCUUGCUUUGGCUUUUGUAUAUAUGUAACAUUAGUUGAGGUGUAAAGAUGCUGAUCUGGUAUUUGGGUAGUUUUGGCCUGAUAUCAGGUUAAAUUUAUGAAUUAAGGUUGGUUGAGGGGGGGGGGCUAAGGCUAAUAGCUUAAUUUUCAGCGACUGUUUUGGGACAUGACAAGCAAAUUUACUCCAAGCCGCCUUUGGUUUCAUUGUUUUAUUGCUUGAAAUCUUAAUAUAAUUCUUCCAAUUGCAGGUGAGGAUAUUAUCUA